CCUAGACUUGCUUUUUCAUUCUCCCAAACGCAGUCAACCGCUGAGGCAGGGAAGGAUAAACAAAAAUCAACCAUCCCUACUUCUCAUUACAAAAUCGACGAAAGCGGGAAAAGAGUAGAGCGGAAGCAGUUUAUCGGACGGUGAAGAGGUAGAGGAGUGGAUCGGGAAUGGGAGUGGAUUACUACAAGAUUCUACAGGUUGACAAGAGCGCCAAGGAUGACGAUCUCAAGAAGGCCUACCGGAAGCUAGCCAUGAAGUGGCACCCAGAUAAGAAUCCUAACAACAAGAAGGAAGCUGAGGCUAAGUUCAAGAAGAUCUCCGAGGCUUAUGAGGUCCUUAGUGAUCCCCAGAAACGAGCGGUCUACGACCAGUAUGGAGAGGAAGGAUUAAAGGGAGAAAUGCCGCCGCCGGGUGCCGGGGGAGCAAGCGGAUCCUCCUUUUUCAGUGGCGGUGAUGGGCCCGGCACAUUUAGGUUCAAUCCGAGAAGUCCGGAUGACAUUUUUGCAGAAUUCUUUGGAUUUUCGAACCCGUUUGGGGGAAUGGGCAGUGGCGCAGGAGGUGCUGGGAUGAGGGGCGGGCCCAGAUUUCCUGGUGGGAUGUUUGGGGAUGACUUAUUUGGCUCGGCAUUUGGUGGGGAUAGACACAUGAAUUCUCAUGGGCCACAGAAGGCGGCACCCAUUGAGAAUCGGUUGCCUUGCAGCCUGGAGGAUUUGUAUAAAGGGACCACGAAAAAGAUGAAAAUUUCCAGGGAGAUUUCCGAUGUUAGCGGAAAAACAGUUCCUGUGGAGGAAAUUCUCACUAUAGAUCUGAAGCCUGGGUGGAAGAAGGGGACAAAGAUCACUUUCCCAGAGAAAGGAAAUGAAGCUCCACAUGUAAUUCCUGCCGACGUAGUCUUUAUAAUUGACGAGAAGCCUCACAGUGUGUUCAUGAGGGAAGGCAACGAUCUUAUUACCACGCAGAAGAUCUCACUCGUUGAAGCUUUGACAGGAUACACGGUCCAUUUGACAACGUUGGAUGGACGAAGUCUCACCAUACCCAUAAACUCUAUAAUCCAUCCGGGCUAUGAGGAGGUGGUGCCCAAAGAAGGCAUGCCUAUUCCCAAAGAUCCAACCAAGAAAGGUAAUCUAAGAAUCAAGUUUAACAUCAAGUUCCCAUUGAGGCUGACUUCAGAGCAGAAAACGGGAAUCAAUAAAUUGCUGGCUCCUUGAUGAAGCACACAAACGUUGAUUAAGGAGGGAAUUUCUUCUGCUUGAUGUAUUUUUUUUUUACUACUACACCCGUUACUUUGCUGUUUGAUUUCAAUAAAAUUUGUCAAAGUAGGUAUUGAUCUUUACUAUUUAUAAGCUAUUUUAGCCCUUAAUAUGUUAGUCAGGAAAAGUGAAAUUGGAAUAUGGUUCGCUGGUAGAUGUCAAAGGGGAGUGGCAACUGUAUGUCUUUGGUGCUUCUUCGGGAGGAUUUUAUUUUUCUGAAAUGGUGAAACAUGCGCAGAAUUUGAUGAUUCUUUUCUCUGGAAGUUUCUUAAAUUUGAAAAAGCGCUUGCAUCUAAUGUUGUGGCCAAGAAGAGGAAUUUGGAUUUGUUCUGAAGUUAGUUUACUUCGAGAAAUAGUAGUUUGUUGUAGUGUUUAUUUCGUUAAAAUAUUGUUUUUUUAGCUGAUAUUUAAAUGGGCAAGAACAUUAUAGUCCAUUUUGAAUUGUGACUUGCCCGGUUCUUCCCCAACUUGUAUGUCCUUAACCUGCUUUUAUGAAAUAACA